ACAAAGAUCGCUUUGAUUCGUGACAUUAAAAAUAUCGAGUUUAUCUCUUCUUUUAAUAUUUUUAUUGCUAUAUUAUAUUCAAAUUGUAAUAUUCGUAAUUUUUUCAUAAUUUUGUCAUAUUUUGAUAAUAAUGUGCGUCAAGUUUGCAUAAAUUUAAUAAAUUGCAAGCACCAUUAAAGACCUUGAUCUGGGAGUAGUUUCUGAAAUGGAGUUUUAUGGGAUUGUGACUCAUUGCAUCUAUUAAUAAUUUGCAUAUCAAUAUGCCCCGAAUAGAUCCUCAACAGCUGUUAUCCUGUCUCGGAGUUUUAUUGAAUUCCAAUGGAGGGAUUCGAUCAAAAGAUGAAGUUGUACGAUUAGCAAGCCUAAUGACAAAAUAUUCGAAAAAUCUCGUCAGUAAAUGUGUCUACAUUUUAAUUUUGAAAAAUACUGAUACGGAACUUUUAGGGCGAUUUAUGUCAGCCGGAGGAUGGAAUUUAACACAUGUUUGGCUUACCAAUGGUAUAAUGAACAAAAAUUGGGCAUUAGUAGGUGAACUUUUAGAAUUAAUGUUAAUGUGUCCAGUGGAUGUUGAACGUUUAAAAGCAAAUAAUUGCCCAAAAUUGGUGAAAGGAUUGUCAAAAGAAGGAGGCCCAGAAGGUGUUCGUGUACUAGCCAGUAAACUUGUAGAACAAUGGUUAAAGGUCGUAAAAGGUGAAACACAACAAGUCAGCAAUAAUUGUAUUUUAAAUGCAUCUUCAUAUCAAUCAACCAACUCAUGUGUUCAAUUACCACAAACAAUCUCAUCAUCUAGUAAUACAUCAUCAACGACAAUUAAUGAACCUUCAGAGACACAGACUGAACGUGUUGAAGUCAUAGAAACAAGUUCAUUUGAAACAAUAACUACACAAUCAGAAACAGUUGUUGACAAUAAUAGCAGUAUUACAACUGAACCAGCUUCAAAUGUUAUUAUAGAUCAAGCAGUAGAUCAAAAUGUUGAAGUUGAAUCUUCUCCCCCUGUAUAUAAAAUAUCAUUUCGUGAUGGUAAACAAGUUAUUGCCAAAGUGGAUGAAACAUCAUCAGAUGCUCCACCUUCCAGUGAAACUAAACCAGAGAAAGAGAAAUCUCAUAGUAGUAGUAGUAAUAGUAGUAGGGAUAAAGAUAAGGACAAAAAGCAUUUAAGCAGCAAACAUUCUAGUAAAUCAAGUUCUAGCAGUAGUAGUAGUAGUCGAAAAUCUAGUAGUAGUAGUUCAUCACACAGGGAUAAAAGUAGGGACAAAGAUAGGGACAGGGACCGAGAUAAAGAUAAAAGUAAGGACAAAGAUAGAAAAGAGAGUAGGGAUAAGGAUAAAGAUAGGUCUAAGCAUAAAGUAAAUGGUACACAUAGUAGUAGUAGCAAAUCUAGUAGUAGUAGCUCUAAAGAAAACAAGGAAAAACAGGCAGAGAAAGAUAAAGCAACAUUAGCAAAAUUACAACCGUUAAGUUUAAGCAAGUUAGGUAAAAUUCCUAAAAAAUCAAGUGAAGACGAUAAAAAAGAUAAAAAGAUAGCUGAUCCCCCACCAAAGGUUGAAGUAAAAAAACCAUCAAUAUCAAUCGAAAAUCGUAAACAUAAUUCAGAAUCACGACCGAAAACCGUUAAAGUAUUCAAUGCAAAAAUGCGAUCAACAGGAUUAGAGGAAGAAGUGAAACCACCACCACCAAGACCUGUGCAACGGAGUAAAAUCCCACCACCUAAACGUGCAUCUCCACCAAAAGAUAUAAUAAAGGAUAUAAGUGUAUCACAUCCACCAGAAAAACGACCAAAAAUUGUCGAUUUAGUUAAUGGAGAUAUACCACCAGAGCGACCUGGUGGUAUUAAAUUAAUUGCACCAAAACCAAAACCUGUUGGUCUUCAAGAAUGUGGAUUGUUUAUGGAUGCUAUGGUAGCAGCUUCAACCAAAAAAGAACCUAAGAAAAGAAAACGGCGGAUGAGUGUUACGAAAGAGGAUGGGGCUCCAGGAGGCAAGACUAAUUCACCACCUAAUUCUCCUACAACAAAAACUGAAAAACCUCCAACAUCACCAACUCAAUUGCAACCCACUGCACCUAAAUUUUAUAAAGAUACGCUAGAAGAUGAGCCUGAAGUUAAAUCUGAAAAUAAGGAAGACAAAAGUGAUAGUUCGGUUGAAAUCAAAACAGAAAAAGCUGAUAAUAAAGACAAGGAGAAAGAAGAGAGUGAUAAAAGUGAAAAAGUUGUUGAUGCAUUUGUUAGUAGUCCUGACAUUAAAAUUGAAGAAGAGUUAUUAGACACUUCCUUUAGUAAAAUGAAGGACGAAUUUAAAAUACCUGGUGGCGUGUUAGUUUAUCAUAAGAAAUCUGGUCCUAAAAAGAGUGUUAAAUGGAAAGAAGAUGCUUGUUUGGAACAAAUUCAGUACUUCGAAUUGGAUGAAACGGAACGAGUGAAUGUAACAAAAACAUUUACGGACAUGAAACAAAUAGAAAUGUCGGGUGAACGCGAGGCCUUACAAAUGUCUAGAAAAUUACCAAAUGAAGAUUUGAUGGAUGAGCGUACACGGUGGCGACCGCUAAUUCCAAUUGACCUUGCACCAGAUCUAGCGGUACUUGGGAAGAAAAGUAAAGAAAAGGAUAUUCAAUAUGCUCGUGAAAAAGUUAUUUUGCAGGCAUUAUACUUUCAUAAGUCUAUGAUACCUGAUUCACCGACUGAACCUGAUGUUGAACAUCAUCCUAUGGAAGAUCCAGUUAUAAUUCCUUUAGAUGAUGUUGCUGGAAAUCCUGACAAUAUUAAAGAUUUUACAUCAACCCCAUGGCCAGAAUCUAAAGGUGAAUUACCACGAGCACAGGCACCACCUCCAGUUGCACCGUUUCCACCUAUACAACCAAACUUUAUGAAUGUGGGCGGACCAAAUGCAUUCCCACCAUUUGCAAAUCAAGCUAAUUUCAUAGAACCACCAAUGAUGGGUGGCGGGGGUGGUACUGGCGGCGGAGAUUGGCGAACUGGUGAUGGCCGAGUAAUGGGUCCCGUGCCAAAUGAUAUGGGUCCUAUGGGACCUCCACCACCAAAUAUGUUUGGACCUCCAAUGGGUGGUAUGCCACCUCCAAAUAUGUUCCAUGGUCCAGGUCCAGAUGGUUUCAAUAUGAUACCGAAUCUGAAUAACAUGAACGGUCCAUUCCCACCAGGACCGCCUGUUAACUUUCAAGGGGGACCUGGUCCAGGACCUGGCAUGUUUAACGAUAGUGGUUUUCAAGGAAGAGGUGGUGGUAAUAUGCGUGGAAGAGGUCGAGGUGGUUUUGAUCGGUUUAAUAAUGGACCACCAAAUAAUUGGAAAGGCGGUGGAGGAGGUGGUAAAAAUUGGAUGAAUCGUGGAAUAUGUAAACAUUUUCAAAAAGGUGGUUAUUGUAGACAAGGUGAUAAGUGUCAAUUCUUACAUCCUGGUGUAAACUGUCCGCCAUUUUAAGACUGCUUGUGAACUUUCUUUGUAAAAUAGUGUAUAUUGGGUGUAAAUAAAAUUUUGUAAUUACAGAAAAGUUAUGUAAAUAUGAAGAAUCGGUUGUAUAUAAAAUAUUUUAUAUUCUCGGUCA